AUGUCUCUGCUCCAGAGACUCUUCAUGGCGUUCACAAUCAUACGACCUAAAGACAGCAUUGUACUCCCUCCACGUCGAAAGGUUGCUUUCGAAUUGACACUACCCAUGCAACAAGCAAAUCGCGUCGAAGAACUCACGGACAAGUAUAGACAAGCGGCGCAGAUGUCUUCAAAUGAACAAGUCAAGAUCGCCAAUGGCGACACGCAGAUUGCCUCGGCCUUGGGAUGUGCCAUCCAGGCACAAGUACACCAACUUCACCCCGGGCUGACUCUCAACAAAGAAACCAUCUAUGACCCCGUUCAAGACUUCGAGAACGUCACGGCCGAAGACCUGGAUGACAUGUAUGCUAGCUCAGACAACUACCCGAGACAAGCCGAAGCGCGCAGCAAGUGGCUCGCUGACCUUGAAGAAUGGUCUUUGCAAAAGCUCAUGGAAUCUGCGCACCUUAACGCCAUUGUCAACCUCAUCCACCAUAUCUCCGACAUGUUGGGGCUCAGAGUCGUAAUCUUUGCACAAUACCUUAGAUACCAGGACCUCGUAGACAGGCUUCUACGACAUCGUCAUAUUGUUUCCUAUAGGUAUGAUGGCUCGGUCGCGUCCUCCAAAAGGGCCAGGAUUCAGGCAAAUUUCGAAGCUCAGAAUAACUCGCGACCACUUCUCAUGACCGUUGGAGCUGGUGGGAUCGGCCUCAACCUGACCGAGGCAAAUAUCAUGAUACUUUGCGAUGAGAUGUGGAAUGAUAAUGAGGUAGCACAAGCCAUCUCCCGAUUGCACCGGCAGGGACAGGACCAAGAGGUUCUCGUCCUCAAAUUUGCCAUACCAAAUUCCGCGAUUGAUCUCGAGAUCAUUCGUACACGGGAGAACAAGGUGCAGGUCAACACCGACCUUCUCAAACCGUUGAUCACGAAACACGACGCCGAGCCCGUGAUUCUCAAGCUUCUUUACUGA